AUGGGCGCGGUCGCUUAUACCACGCUGGGAACGCUAGCAGCUCUCGCCCUCUAUGGUGCGGGCUACCUCGUCCUGACAGGCUCUGGCAGUGAAUUUGCCGUGGGCACAUUCCUUGAACAGACAAGCCCCUACGUGUGGGCCAACACAGGCAUUGGCCUCUGCAUUGGCCUGAGUGUCGUGGGUGCUGGCUGGGGUAUUUUCAUUACCGGCUCCUCGAUUCUGGGUGCGGGUGUGCGGGCGCCACGCAUUACCACCAAGAACUUGAUUAGUAUUAUUUUCUGUGAAGUCGUCGCGAUUUACGGUGUGAUUAUGGCGAUCGUUUUCUCAGCGAAAAUUACAGGACGAUUGGAAGACGGUGUAAAUGGGUUAUGGACGCCACAGAACUACCUUACAGGCUUCACGCUCUUCUGGGGCGGUCUGACGGUCGGUCUGUGUAACUUGGUGUGUGGUGUGUCUGUAGGCAUUACCGGUGCGAAUGCGGCUGUCGCCGACGCAGCUGACCCACAACUGUUCGUGAAAAUCCUCGUGGUCGAGGUGUUCAGCAGUAUCUUGGGUCUUUUUGGUUUGAUUGUCGGUCUUAUCAUGACGGGCUCUGCCGAAGAGUUCAAGUAG